AGCUGGCUGGGGGGAGUGGGCAUUAGCUGUCCUGGGCGGCUUCACUUGCCCUCAGUGAGCUGUUUCCGGCAGUGUCCCGGUUGCCUAGCGAUAGGCCUGCUGAUCUACCUCCUCCACAGGCUGCCGUACACAGAGCACCCCGGGUAAAAAGGAGAAAUGAGUGGGCCCAACAGGGAAGCGGGUCAAGGCAAAGAAGAGCGGAAAAAGACAGGUGGCGGAGUGAUCAAUAGGUUGAAGGCUCGGCGCGUUCAAGGAAGAGAAGGAAGUGCCUCCAGUCAGAGUGUCAUGACUCCCGUUACUGAGCAAGAGCUCCGGGGCUUAAAUGAACUUCGACCAGAACAUAUCUUAGGCCUAAGUAGAGUUACAGAGCAGUAUUUAUGCAAGCCUGAAGAUAACAUAUAUGGGAUUGACUUUACUCGCUUUAAAAUCCGAGACCUUGACACUGGCAGUAUACUCUUUGAGAUCUCCAAACCAUGCUCAGAACAAGAAGAGGAAGAUGAUGAGAGUGGACAGUUGGAUGCCAGUGCCGGACGUUUUGUACGUUACCAGUUUACGCCAGCUUUUCUUAGACUACGCAGAGUUGGUGCAACCGUGGAGUUCACAGUAGGGGAUAAGCCUUUGAGGAGUUUCCGGAUGAUCGAGAGACACUUCUUCAGAGAUCGCAUCCUUAAAAGUUUUGAUUUCGACUUUGGUUUUUGCAUCCCCAACAGCAGGAACACAUGUGAACAUAUGUAUGAGUUUCCACAACUGUCAGACGACCUGAUCCGUCUAAUGAUUGAAAAUCCAUACGAGACCAGAUCUGACAGUUUCUACUUUGUGGAUAACAAGUUGAUCAUGCAUAAUAAAGCAGAUUAUGCGUACAAUGGAGGGCAGUGACUCCUCCAAUUUCUCAGACUGUACUCCACGUUACAUUCCCUUAAAGCAGCAGAAGAUCCAGAGUCGUGGUACAAGGCCACCACUCUGUCGGCUCUGCUUCUGCCCCCAAAGCAUUGUCCUUCAGAUCUGUAUUUUAUGAAGUGCUGUAGUCAGAAACCGAAGACUUUGUAUUUACAAAUUUUUUUUUUUUUUCUUUAUUUUUUUCUUUUUUUUUAACAUUCCCUUUACUGUAAUACUCUUUACAGUUAAAACGGUAGCUUCUUGUCCUGAAAUCAUUUAGGACAGGAUUUUUAUUUUAUUAUUAUUUCUAUUUUUAUGUGACAGUGCCUCUCUUGACAACGGCUGUAUGUCGUCAGCUGUCUGAAAUAUGUGCCUACUUUACCUUAUGACUUCCAUCUGCUGUUUCACAUAACUGCCAGGGGAGGAAAAAAAAAAUAGCAAUCUUUUUGUAGCCUUUUCUUUCUUUCUUUUUUAAUUUUUUUUUUUUUCCUCAAUCUACAGAAACCAGGUUACUUAAAUCUAUCAUCUUCUACAAACACACACGUAACCUGUCGACGAUCACUGUAUAGUCUGCAUGUGCAGUUCUGAUCAUCAACUUCAAUAAUUCCUUUAAAUCUUCCAGGCAGACUAAAAGCAAUAAUUCACUUUCAAAUACUCAGCUGGAUCUCCAUAUGUAAAGUGAGAAAUUCAAGAAGAAAUAAUUUGUAUGCUAAAUGGAACAGCAUGGUCUUCCUUUUUAUCCCAGUGUCCGUAGGCAGUCUGUGUGGACCUACAACCUCUGUGUUUGACCAGUGGUCUGUAACUAGUUUUGCGUCUCCAGUAAUUGUUUCUCUGAUGGUUUGAGAUGCGUAUUGUUUGAAGGAAUCAGAGUGAGAACAUACCCGCUUUUACUGGUGUGAUUUGUUCAUUGCUGGAGUAGAGCACCUAGGGUGAAUAAAAUACGGUAUUGCCAUGAUUCCGAGGAGCCUCUACUUACGGUUCUCCUUAAGCACACCAGUCGUAGAAAUAGCAAUGGAUGCAUUUGCAGGAAAUGGUGUUUAUCCUAGUUGUUCUAUGUUAUUUUUAGGCAUUUAAUUGUCCUCCACAAGGAAUGUUUGAUGUCAGUGAUACACAACCAUUAAUUUGCCAUUGUCUGAAAUGUCUCAUUAAAUGUUACAACUGGCUUAACUUUA